AUGGACCCAUCCGAAGUCACAAAUCUGAAAGUAAACGGACACGAUGUGAACAGUACUCAUCUCAUUAACGAGGGUCAGGAAGUCAGCGUCUGCUGCUCUUUUAAGAGAGGAAAUCCUCCUUCUGUCUUCAGUCUCUUAGACAUCAAUGGAAUGAAGAUUGGUAAUAAAGUGAACAAAAACAUAAUGGAAACUGAGGGUGGUGAAGAGCAUCUGAAGGUUUCCCGGUCAGUCAGGUGUCAAGACGACUGGCCAACAGUUCGUUGUGAAGGAAACGGAUCGCAAAGAAAUAGAUCGGUGUCCUUUCUUGUGAGAUGUGCUCCUCAGUUUGUUGACGGUCCUGUCACACUUGUAUCCUCAGAAUUGGAGAAAGUAACAUUUCGUGUAAAAGCACACACAACAGUAUUCAAUAAAUGUUCCCUGACACCGACCCCAUCACAGGAUACAUCCAUGCCGAAGGUGAAAUGCAACCUGAGUGGAGAGCCUCCUAAUCUGGUGUUGACGCUUCAUCCGGAAGAAAACAUUUACCAAGGAAGAUGGAAAAUAACUCUUGGCAAUGAAAUAGGUUCUGGCAUUACAACAGUGAACAUCACUGAAUAUUCUAUGUCUGAGACGACAGCCCAAGGAUUGGAAUCAGUAUCUGAGACGACAGCCCCAAGUGCAGAGUCAGUCGGUGUAUUAACAAUCAUUGUCCUCUCGUGUUUUGCUGUCUUGCUUGUCGCUGUUAUUGCCAUUGUCGUCAUUCGUGUUAAAAUAACGACCAAAGGGCAUGAAAACGUUUCGCGAUUACGUUGCGCGAAUCGGCGCGUGUCGUCAUAACCACGUGACCGAGUGUUUUUCUCGAUGCUGAAAAUCUGGAAACAACAG